AGGUUAAUUUAAGUCUUCCCUUCCCUCUGAUUAGGCCGAUGAGAGCGAGGUCCGUGCAAAAGUUUCUUCGACCCAGGACGAAACGCGACUUCGAUACGUCCGCCCACCUAACUGCCUCAAAAGCUUCGCGCCUCCAUAAAUCCCUCCUCAUAAGCUCUCAAUUGAUCGAGCUGAAGAUCUCGAGGUUGUUCUCUUGUUAUGGCAGCAGUUCUACAGGCGGCGGCGCUUUUGAUGGGGUCGCAGACCGACAUCAAGAGGUUCCGGCUCAGAUCAGCGCUCCGAUCUGCUCCUGUUCGACAUGAGGGUUUUUUCGUGGUUAGGACUGAUGGGAGGUUGUCUGCAACUUCUGGUAUGAUGCCUCGCAGGGCUAAGUUGAUCCCAAAUGCAGUUGCAGUUAAGGAAGAUACUCCUGCUAGCUCUGCUGCCUCGAAACCAGGCCAUGAGCUGCUGCUUUUUGAAGCUUUAAGAGAGGGCCUAGAAGAAGAGAUGGACCGUGAUCCCCGAGUUUGCGUCAUGGGUGAAGAUGUUGGUCACUAUGGUGGGUCAUACAAGGUGACAAAAGGUUUUGCCACCAAGUUCGGCGACCUGAGGGUUCUUGAUACCCCCAUUGCUGAAAAUUCCUUCACAGGCAUGGGCAUUGGAGCUGCAAUGACUGGCCUAAGACCUGUUAUUGAGGGUAUGAACAUGGGGUUUCUCUUGCUUGCCUUUAAUCAAAUAUCUAACAACUGUGGCAUGCUCCAUUAUACUUCUGGAGGCCAGUUCACCAUCCCAGUGGUGAUCCGCGGACCCGGCGGUGUUGGCCGUCAACUCGGCGCAGAACAUUCCCAGCGCCUGGAGUCUUACUUCCAGUCCAUUCCCGGCCUUCAGAUGGUCGCCUGCUCCACCCCAUACAAUGCCAAGGGCCUCAUGAAAGCUGCCAUCCGCAGCGAGAACCCGGUGGUUCUAUUCGAGCAUGUUCUGCUAUAUAAUCUCAAGGAGAGGAUCCCUGAUGAAGAUUAUUUGCUGUGUUUAGAAGAAGCAGAAAUGGUUCGGCCUGGGGAGCACGUUACAAUUCUCACCUACUCUCGCAUGAGAUACCAUGUAAUGCAAGCUGCAAAGACACUAAUAAACAAGGGAUAUGACCCUGAGGUCAUUGAUAUCAGGUCAUUGAAGCCAUUUGAUCUCUACACCAUUGGAAACUCGAUCAAGAAGACCCAUCGAGUGCUGAUUGUGGAAGAAUGCAUGCGCACCGGAGGUAUCGGUGCGAGUUUGAGGUCGGCCAUCAUUGACAAUUUUUGGGAUUACCUGGAUGCACCUAUAAUGUGCUUGUCGUCUCAGGAUGUCCCGACGCCAUAUGCAGGGACACUGGAAGAGUGGACUGUUGUGCAGCCGGCACAAAUUGUAGCAGCUGUGGAGCAGCUCUGCAAGUAAUUUUUUAUCAUCCGGAAAUUUGAUUUGUUCACCCUAAAACUGCUAUUGUUUCACUUUGUUGUUGCUGUUAUCGUAUUCAGGCUGUGCGUUGCUGCUGUUAUUUAUUUUAAGCCGACUGGCUUCACAAAUUCAUAUACUGUUUACCUGGAAAAUGAAUUUUGGUUGAAUUGAGGUAGAAUGUAUCAAUAAUGCUUUUACAAGCC